AUGUGGGAGACAUUCAAGAGUCAUUUCACUAUUGCAAAUACAGAUGCGAUGAAAACCAGCUGUGCAGACAAAUUUGGGAACAUUUACUUUGUUUGUUUGCCACAAGAUGUUUCAGAUGAGAUUGAAGAAGAUCCAACUGGUGGGAAGAUUAAAUGGGAACAAGGGAAGCUUAGGAAAGCAUCUUUGAUUCCAGGUGGAGUGGAGUGUGUCAUGUAUGGAACUGUCAUGGGUAGUCUAGGGGCAUUAUUGGCAUUUAGCUCGCGUGAUGAUGUGGACUUCUUUUCACAUUUGGAGAUGCAUAUGAGAGAGGAGCAUCCACCUUUGUGGGGGAGAGACCAUAUGGCAUAUAGAUCUGCUUAUUUUCCUGUAAAGGAUGUGAUUGAUGGAGACCUGACUCCAGGAGAAGUUUUGAAGAAAUUGGAAGAAGUUAGAAAUAAGAUUGUUAAGAUAAAGAUGAGAUAUGAGUGCCAAAAGCAUAGGGUGACUAUACGAUUUUAAAUUGGAAUUGACUUUGACUUCGUUAUAGAAUUUACUAAUUGUAAUUAUACAGAUGUUUUUCUGGAAUUUACUAAUUGUUUGUGAAUCCUUGUAGAAUGUGACUUAUUUUAGUUCUGUGUUUUGGUUACUUGUUCCGUUGCUUAAGAUUUUGGCUCUGUAGUGAAGUACUUUAUCUGUACCACUUUUUUUUUUUUAACUUUUUGAAUGGUGAUUAUUUACUUAC